AUGAAGCUAAAAGAAAUCUUCAACACUCUGUGGGCUUCAUGUGGUGAAUGCACCGGAGUCACACAUUAUACGAUCAGAAAUCUUAACGAACAACGCUGGGGCAAGGAUGAGGAGAAGAUCUGGGGUGCUGGAGCCAGAGAAGGUGACGGCGUACCUCCUGAGCCGCAGGCAUCUAGUGACAGCCUUACACCUGUUGAGGAUCAAGCGAUCAUUGCCUAUGUUGAACGAUGGAAGGAUCAUGGGUUUCAGUUGAAGAAACAAUCGAUGGUGUCACAAAUCGCUAGUGCUUAUCUCAAGCACCAUGGUACCUCAGACAAUGGUACCAGUUGCCAUAGUGGGAUAUUUGCUCGCAAUCGGGACUUUUACGAACAAUUCAAAAAGUCCCGAUUGCUAGAGAAAGGGAGCUCGUCAAAGGAAGAUCCUGCCUUGGAAGAUGAUAGGCUCUGCAAAUUCAUAGACCAAUUUGCGGCCAUUCGAGCAGACCAUCGACUCAAUGAUGAACAUAUUCAUGCACUCUCAGAGACAGGAUAUGCCACUACAAUUCAAAAGGACAGGCAGCCUUUGAAUAUUAGGAGCCGGAGGGCCUCUGAGAACCGUGAAUUUGCCUCUGUUAUCUACUGUUACCCAGCCCAGGGCAAGCCGCUUUCACCGUAUGUCAUCUUCAAGUCGUCCAACGUUCGGGGCCCAAAAAAAUACGAAAACCGAGUCACUAUAUCGUACAAUACCACUGGAUGGGCGGAAAAGGCGCAUGCGCUGGAUUGGCUGAACAGCGUCUUCGAAAAGGAAACCAGUCCAUCUGGAAGCCGAGACCGAGGUCAAAGGCGAGACCGAAGGCAGCAACGUUUGCUGCUGGUUGAUAGUCAAUUCCCCAUGACUGCUGAAUUUUUUGUCACCUGCUGGGAAAGAAAUGUCAUCUGUCUGUGUCUUCCAAAAAAAGGCAGUGAAUAUCUCAGUCCUUUUGAAAAUGGAAUUUUCGACGCCCUUGAUAAUCUCUAUGCAGAGCACAUGAAGAAACAGCUACGACAGAAAUGUCCGUACACGAUCUCCCCGUCCCAAUUUGCGACAUUUAUCGAUCGUGAACUCGGAUUUCCUGAUCGGGACACUGAAUCAAAAGAGGCAUGGUUCCAUACUUGCUUGCUUCCACCCAGUCGCUCACGAUUGAUCAAUCGUCGCACGGGUGACCGGAUUCGUUCUCAAACCGUCGAGCCCAACAGCCCAAAUCGUUCUAGAAGACGUCCCAUAACAGAUGAGACCAAUGACACGGAGCAAAUCACUGCCGGCAACAACACCGAAGAAGUCGAUGAUGACAUAACUAUACUAGUUCCGCAAGAACAAGUACCUUCGCCACAGUCACUACAAGGCUCACAGCCAAGAGAAAGACCCGCCCAGGAGGUCCCAGAAGAACCAGAGAUUUCUGGAGAUUCUUCAGACACCGCACACAAUUCCGAGCCGGACCAGUCCGAGCAAUCAAGCAGCGAAGACGAAACCCCCGAUGUCACUGUCCCCAUCACACCAUGCCGAACCCCAAAUCGGCCAAAAACACCCAAAUCGUCCCGAAAAUUGGACGUGCUACCAAGUUCUGUGAUGAAGCUUGAGGAAUUUCAAGAUUGCUUUGAUAGGUAUGAAAACGCGACGCCCGCUGAAAAGAAACGGCGCCGGGAGGAAGUCACGCUGGGCUAUGCAAGAUGUGUCUGGAAGCUUGAAGAAACACUUCAAUCGCAACUGCAGUCCAAAAAAUCAAGGACUCGUUGA